AUGGCAGCGGACUCUUCCCGUUUUGUUUCAUUUCUGGUUGAUGGCGGAGACGUCGUCGGCUGCGAGGUCUGCCUAGAGCCGUUUGACGCGUCUACGCGGGCGCCGAAACUUCUUCCUUGCGGCCACAACUUUUGCGAAAGCUGUCUUUUCAGUAUUUGCUGUCACCAAGAGGUAUUUUUGUUGAACUUCAACGGAAGAUACUAUCCGCUCCAAGGAAAUUCACAAACGAAAUCAAUUAUUCCAGUACUACCUCCUGGACUCCAUCAAUUGCCCAACCUGCAGAGCUCAGUUCCCAACGAAAGUUGCCAAAACCGCACCGACAAAUUAUGAUCUUUGCAGUGCGUUACUCGAAAAAGAAACGGAAUAUUUAUAGGAAAAGUUUGCAGAGGUACUCGAAAAACAACGGACUCGAGAGGCGAACGUGACGGUCAUCUACCUGCCGGAUAAGUCCCAUGCCGUCCAACCUUCCUCAUCUUCCGGGGUGCCGAUAAAAUCCAAGCGCGUCGAUCCGCUCACUUCGCACUGCAAAUCGUUGGCUGAGAAGAGCACCGACCUCAAACACUUGAGGUUUUUUGCUUGUAUCAAUAGAUAUCUGAACUUUGUCUCCAAACUGAAGAUUUGAGAGAAAAAGAUCACUCUUCGAAAGGCUUACAUUCGUUGAAAAGAUAAUUCACAUUUUGGUACACUAUAGUUCAAUCCUCAAAUUUUUUAUAUCCUCAAACAUCGCGCUGGCAUAUUUCGCAGUCAAAGAAAAUUCACUUUUUCCGUAUGGGUCGUGACCAUCGUAGUUUUUUUUCAACACAAAUUUUUUAAAUUUUCUUCCUCCUCCUCAUAAAAAUUUGUCUUUAAAGUUAAUGAAAGCAAUUAAAAAUUAACAGAAAUGCUUGAUGUGCUCAAAAGUUAUGAAAUCGAGACUGAAGCGGUCCGUUCUGCAACUAUUCGAUCUAUCAGGAAAUUUCGAUUUCGAACGUUAAGUGUUGAAAGUGUCCAUGUGAGUAUUCAGAUGCGCCGACUGCCACCGGAAAAUGAGCCAGAAGCAACUUUCCCGCGUUGCGCGCUACUGUAUCCCUUGCACGUCUUCUUCGAGAUUGGCUAGUAUCUCUUUUUUCUAUUUAUACUGUAACUAAGGCUGUUUCAGACUUUGGCUUGUCUGGAAUGUUGUGUGAACGCGCACAAUGGCCAUCAACUGCUGACGUUUGCACAGCUUGAGGCCAACCAGCUCAAGGUGAGAACUUUUCUCUUCAUCACCUCGAUCAAAGAGCUGCAAGUCGACCGUUUCAAGAUUCAUCACCCAACAUAAUUGCCGAUAUCGCAGCGGGCCGCACGCUAUAUAGCCAAGGCUUCUCGCUGCGAUCUCGUCAACAUGUCGCUGCGGCCUCGUCAAAGUCUCGCUGCCAUAUCGCUCCCUCUCAAAAAUUUGAAAUUUGAAAAACAGUUUUUUUGCUUUAUUUUUGACUUUUAUGAUGAAAUCAAUCAAAUACAAGAAAAAAACUAUUUUGAAGAAAAAUUUUUCAGAGAGCGAUAUAGCGCAAGACGUUUGCGAGGUCGCAGCGAGAGGCGAGCGAUAUCGCUCGCGGCUCCCCCGCGGUAUAGCGUUACUCUCGCUGCGAUAUAGUCCACAAAAUUGGGUGAUUGUAGGGUAAAACAGGAAUAAUCUCAAUGGAGAAAUUCGCUCUUUAUCUCGAAUCAAAAUUUUUUCAUUCCAAGUGAUAAAGAUUAUUGGAAAAAGUUUUUUUUUUCGUUCAAAAGAUUUUUAUAAGUAAUAGCAAAAGAAAAUUUAAAAAAGAGGUUUUCUAUUUUCUAGCAUCGCAUUUCUGGUUUGAGAAAGGGUUGAACAUGAAUAAACGAAUUAAAAUGGAACAUAGGAGGUCAAAACCUAUCAAAAUUGUUACCAAAGUUUGAGAUGAAUUGGUCCUAAUUUGAUGCUCCCAGGUACUGUCGGAACUGCGAGCCCUGCGAAAGAAGGUCGUCGACUGCUCCGAUUCCUUCGACCGCCGCUCGGCCCAACUCCAGGACUCGGGCCGACGAGUCUGCUCGGUCCUGCUCAGCGACAAGCAGAAUCUGCUCGCCUCCACCCUCUCCUCUCUCGAUGACGUCAUCCGGAAGAUCGAAGCCACGUCCGUCAUGUUUCCUCUUGCAUUGAGGUACUUAUUGGAUACUAGAGUUCUAUUUUUUUGCUAAAAGGCUUUGAACACACUCGAAAAGUUUUGAGACGCAGUCUGCAACCGUUCGUUCUGCAAUUUAGAAACAUAGUGAGAAACAGUGAAGGGCUUUGAAACUUGGAAACUUCCCAACUUAAUAUGUUUCUUACAAAAAACUGGAGUUCUGAUAUUUCAAAAAGAGUAAAUUGUUAAUAUUUUAAUGCUCCGUUAAAGAAACUCUAUUCUGAGUAUUAGAAAAUUGUCAAAAACCUUUUCUCGUAGUUGAAAAACCUCAGAAUCGUAUUAUGAAUGAUCUAUAAGAAAUAAACGCUAAGACUUUUCAAUCCGAAAGUUUUGUAUGCUUUGCGAAAUCACUGCGAAAUGUUAUUCACCGCGAUAACUUUUCAAUUUUUUUUUUCUUCAAACACGGCAGCAAGGCUUAUUGUACAUGGAAAGGUGAAAGGUCGUUUCCGGCAAAAACGCAGGGCUAUCAGCCUCGGGACUCGAAACUAUCGGCUUACCGUUAUUUUCAGCGCAAUUCACAACAAGCAAGUGCACAAUUUCUCGCGCCUGAGCAAACUGAGUUCGGUUCUCGAGAAAACGCUCGAGAGUCCUGUCGACGAGCAGCACAAGCCAUCUUCCAGUGGUUCGUUUUUUCCUCUGUUCUCUUUCGGCCCUUUUUUGAGUCCUCUAAAGCGCGCAUCGCUAUUUUGAGAGCCUGGAGAAUGGGAAGAAGAACUCUAUUGGAGGGAGAGAGACAAAUAAGAAAUUAUUAAUCCAAGAAGAAAAAAAAAUGAUUCUGGUCAUAUAGAAGUUUUCAACAUUUUUUCUUCGAGAUUUUAAGAAUAUAUUUCUAUCACAUCUUUAUUCGUAUUAAAAACAACUAGCUGGUAAAUACGCUUCAAAUUUAUAAGUUUUGAAAUUUUUUCUUAAGAUUUUUGUGUUUUCAGUUGUCAAAAUGUCAAAAAAAUCGGAAUCUUUUUCUGAAAGUCUAACCUUGAUAACCGACAAAAUUGGAUCUCAGGAAGCAGCGGCCUGUCGCGUUCGCUGUCGUCGCGCCACUCGCGAGUCUCCCUCCGCGGAGACGACACCUUGUGGCAGGAAUCCGUGGCCGCCAUCUGCAUGCUUCUGACGCCGUCGGUCCUCGUCCAGCGACUGCACCACGUCUUCAGAAGCGUCUCCCCGCGCGACACCAUCGAUGAACGCAGCAACAAGAUCUCCUCCUGCACCACCACCAUGACGCAGAUGCUCGAGGGGUUCGUCUUUGAUCUUUGUUGGAUUCAAAGUAUGGAAGUAAACCACAAUUAAACAAGAUUAAAUGCCCAACUGAAAAAAAUAACUUUUUGGCUGUAUAUUCACUGUUAUCUGGUUAAAACUCCUUCAUGCAGUUUAAAAAUUGCGGAGAAUUCCUUAGACUUCUUUUUGAUCUUCAUGAAUAGCUUUGCUCUGGAAUUCCACUUUUCAACUUUUUUCAACCUCGAAAAUAAAGCGAGAAGUAAGAAAUUUUUUGUUUUUGUAAAAUACAUCACGUCAUCAAUUUUCGAGCUUUCUCGUGCCUUUCAAAAACUUUAUUCGGAAGCCUAUCAUGAUAAGUUCACUUUUGAGUUCGUUUCAGAGAGACUUUGGACUCAUUUUCAUGUGUUUCUGAUUUCAGCGAAGUCACUUUGUCGAUGAUUCCGAUCUUCGCCGACGCCUUCCUCAACGGCUUCUAUCAGUUGCACGAACUGUCGCGGAAAACCUGCGCGAAACUUCGCCGCGACCUUAUUUGGAAGCAGGUGCAGCUGGCCUACAGCGAGCUUCUCCGCAUUGCCGCCAAGGUGCUUCUGACCCCAUCAAACCCUUACAAGAUUUUCGUUUCCAGAAUUUCCCCGCCUAUCAUCCAGAAAGAGUCGAUAUUCUGGACGAUCUCGCCUACUUGUGUCGCCUUUUCGCUGAUGUUUGUGACGAGGUUUCCGAAAUCGACUCUCAAUUAUUUCAAUAAUAAAAUUUCCAGGCUACCGUAACGAUCUGCGUGAUUGAGGCUGCGAGGGCUCGGGCCUCCGAAUCCGGCCAACUUUCUGAGCAAGACCAAAGAAGGACCGAUGCUCGGCUCAAGGUAUCUCGCCCACCUUUUUCGAAUAGGAAGGAAAUGUUGGAACUUUCAGCUGAUUGAUGACCAUCUGAUGGAGUGUCGGAGGAUGAGGAAUCUGCAGAUUUUGAGAACGACCAAGACGAAAAAAGACCGAGGCUUCAAGAAACUGUUCAUUGGCUGCUUCGCGCAGCAACGAGUUCAUGCCUGA